CUUCAAUACAUCAAUUCGAUCUGUUUUAUCAAUAAACAGAGAAGAAAAAAUAUAUACGCGAUAUAAAAACAACUGUUGGGAAAAAUAUAUUUUCAAACUAUUUAUAAAAUUUUAUUCAUAAGGUUACAACACACAAUGGAAGCCUUCACGAGGAUUGUUGUUGCAAGUGUUGUUCAAUUUUUAGAAGUGAUGGUUGGAAAACUUCUUAAUAGAUUCAAAAAUUCAGAUAGUCAGAAAAGGUGCACAUAAACGGCUGAAUAGACUAUGAUCUUAUAAAUUUAAUGUUUAAGUAAGCAAAGUAUAGAUAUUUCAAUGAUUGACCUUUGAGGAUUAUAGCUGAUGUUGUAAUUUUUUUACCCGUGUUUGAAAACCAAAUUUAAAGAUGGAAAACAGGAAAAAUAUUUUGAUGCUGAUAACGGAAGCAGUUUCUUAAAUUCUAUUUGAUUCCUAAUGUUGUUUCUGAAUUUUUAAAGAACUAGACAAUACUAGUUUCCCAAUAGAAGUUUUGUUUGAUAAUUAUAAUAUGUAAAGUUCUUCUCGACUCCUGUACAAUGAACAUUGAACGGUGAAAAGCUCUGGUUUUUAAAGUGAUUCUAAUGUUAUUUCUUGGCUUAAACCAUUGUGUGCAUUGAGAAUUUGGCUGGAAAUUAAUUGUUGAUUAUUUAAAUCGAUUGAUCAUUUGGUAACAAUGUUGCAAAAAUUAGAAAAGGGCAACCGUUUUGAUUUAUGCAGAGCAGAACCGGCUCCAGUUUUAAGGCCGAUUGGGGUUCUAAUUCCAAAGUUUGAGCUGCAGGUUGUUAUAACACCAGGUUCAUAUAAGCGGGUGUUUACUUUAUUGUCGAAGUCUUUGCGAAUUUAAAAGGCAGACCCAAAGUGUGACCUUUAGAGCUACCCCUAUUGAUUAUAGUCGCCAAAUGUGUCCCCCCUGAAUUGUACUGAUUAUGAGCAUCAACCAAUCAGCGCAUGGAUUCGCUUGCAAACCUCAUUAUUAAUUAACACACGAUUGAAAUCAUUCUAAAUAGCUGUCGACCAAUCAGAUGCGGUGUUUCACGAAACCUUUGUGAAGUCUUUAUGCGGCAGCAUAUGGGCCUCAGUUGUGAGUCCAAAAUUUGCCAUCGCGCCGGGUCAUUGUACGUAUUAUGACACGAGAACGAUUCGAAAAAAUUUAAAUAAUAUUGCCAAGAUCAUUUGCAUUUUCGUUGCUGCCUGCGAGCUUGAUGGCGACGCAGACACAAAAUCUGAACAACAAUAAUGUGGUUGAGCAAGCCAAGCCAACAGACCAAGGGCAAACAUCUACUCUACACGGGGAGUUCAGCGAACAGGAGAGGAAAGCGUUGGAGACUAUUGCUCAAAGAAAUGUUUUCAGCGUUUGUGCGCCUCAGUGGGUCAAGUCGGAGCAUGGCACUAUCGUCUGGGCUGCACAAAGUUCCACUGCUAGCCAAGAUGUGAAGCCUUUGCUGCUGAACUCGAAUGUAAUUAACUCGGUUGCUAGUCCGUUGAUACAGCCAAGAUCUUUACAGCAGAUAUGGCCUUCUGUUAGCGACCAUAUAAAUCCGAUCCGGAUUCAUCUGGCCGCUCCACCAGGUAUAACACAACCCACUUUGAUAAACAUGAACGGUGAUAUACAACAACAAGCCACGAUCAAUACUGUACCUGAACCAAAUGAGGAGAAACCAGACUUGUCAUCGUCUCCAAAUUUAAACGAAACCGGUAUAACAACAGUACAUCCUUCGGACAUAUCAUUGUCAUUACCUCUACCAAACGAAGACGAUAGUUCUCCGACUUCUGACGAUCUCGAACAGUUUGCUAAGGAGUUCAAACAACGUCGAAUUAAACUAGGAUUCACUCAGGCAGAUGUUGGCCUAGCUCUUGGAACACUUUAUGGCAAUGUUUUUAGUCAAACAACAAUCUGUCGCUUUGAAGCCCUGCAGUUAAGUUUUAAAAAUAUGUGCAAAUUGAAACCUUUGCUUGCAAAAUGGCUCGAAGAAGCCGAUAUAAACACCACUGGUGCAACGACUGCUAUAUUUGAUAAAAAUAUACCACUUGGAAGGAAACGGAAAAAGCGUACAUCAAUAGAAGUUUCCGUUAAAGGUGUACUGGAAAGUUAUUUCUGUAAAAAUCCGAAGCCAUCAGCACAAGAAAUUGGCUCACUGGCUGAGCAGUUACAGCUAGAAAAAGAAGUUGUUCGUGUUUGGUUUUGUAAUCGUAGGCAAAAGGAAAAACGUAUGACAGCGUCUGUUCCUCUUAUUGAACAAAUAGCUAUUCAUGCUAAUGUUACAACUACUAAUUUCCACCAUCCACAAUCGCAUAUAAUCCAAAGCAGUCAACUUCAGCCUGUAAACAUGCAUCAAGUUGUAUCGUUGCCACAAUUAUUGCAGCAGCAUCAACUACGCCAAGAACACGAAAGCAAUCAACAACAAACUGUUUCUCAACAACUUGACUUACAAACCCAAGUGCAAAUUCAGCAGACUCAAUCGUUUUCUGAACCAGAAACUUCUGUUGUUAUAACUCACAAUUCUCAACAACAAUCUGUAACUGUCCCAUGAUCAAAAGUCCUGGAGCAUUUAGGUAAAUGCAUAACCCAAUAUUAGGACACAAGACACACUGGGUUUGGUGACAUUAAGGUUUUCCUAUACAAAGCCAACCAAACAGAGCCAUUUAAGGGUAAACAUGCUUAUUUACUUUUUUAUGCAUGUUUAAUGUUACUCUUUUGAAAAGCAUUGACUGGCAAAGUUUCCAGAAAGAUUAUCUAAAAGACUGUGAUCCAGAAUAGAGCCCCAAACUGUUAUAUCUAACCCCUUAUGUGCCAGUGUUAGUUGGAAUAAUGGGAAAUUUGUAUGUCGUUUAGAGAGAUGUAUUGUCUGAAAAAUUAACUAUUUUAUAAGCAUUUUACUCAUUAGGCAUUAUUUAUAAGGUUCUAGGGUAGCAAUCAAUAAACAUUGAACUAAAGUUGUUGGAUGUUAAAGUUGCAAAGCAAUUCUUUAACACUCUACACAAAAAAGUGCUGAAAUCUUUACAUUGUGCAAACAGUUUUUAAGAUUUUAAUUUUAUGGUAUUAGAAUGAGAACGAAACUAAGAAUGAACAUUCUACUUUGCAAUAAAAUUAUUGGAAUUUGAUUCCUCCAUUACUAAACUAUAGUUGUUAUUGUAGCUAAGCUGACACCAAGUUAAUGCCAAAAGACACUUAAGUUAUUAAACAAGAUAAUUAGAAAGUGUUAGUCAACUAAGAUUAUUGUUUUUACCUUUCAAAAUGAUUCACUGUCUAUAACAUACUUGUAUCUACUUAAGACAUGACAACUUAUAUGUUAAACUGCUCAAUAAAAGCAAAGUAAUAGGUAUGCACUCUGAAAAGUGCAUGUCAUCCAUAAUGAUUGCUAUCAAUGUUUUUAUACCAUUUUGUCACUAAACAACCCUAUGAUGGAAAAAUGUUUUGGAAUUGGUAUUUGUUUGAUAUGUGCAGUAUUGGUUGCAGGCUUUGGCUGUGUUCUAGAUUAGGGAACUUUUUGUAUAUUAGUCAUCAUUUUGCAUUUGACAUGCAAUGCAUAUCUCUUGAUGAUUGUUCUGUUGGCUGUAAUUGUGUGCCUUGCAGAUGCUCAAUUUCAUAAAAAAGAUUGUUUUUUCUGGUUUCAUUAAAAUUGGCAGGUAAAAAAGCAAAUGUGCCUUUGGAGUUUUUUAUCAACUAACAGUUGUUUGCGAUUCCCUGCUGCAAAAUAAUUAAAUCCAGAUGUUUGGGUCAUACUUUUUCUGGAGAAUUUAGUGGGCAUUCUUAAGAUAUACAGGACAAAAAAUUGCCUAUUAAACCCUUGGUUAUCACAACCUGUCUUCUGCCAGUAUUUCUUUAAUUCUUGUAUUCAAUUUUCAAGUAAAUCUAGUCAUAACAACAAAGCUCCAACGAUAUUUGAUUGGGUCUGGCAUGGUGACUGAUAAAUUUGUUGUCCCUUAUCUACCUAUAGAUUGUGAUUUUAUUUAUUGCCUUAACUUCUACUCAUCAUAAGUCUUAUUCAGCUGUGAUUUUGAAAGCCAUAAUAAAAAGCCUCCUUUUUUUCCUAUUCAAUAAUCCUAUUUUUAUGUGAACAAGUAAGAACAUCAGUCCUUGUAAAUCUGAUUGCCAUGGCUACAAUUAUAAACUGUGGGCUCCUGAUUAUUUGAAGUUCAGGCAACAGUGAAGUGUUUCAAAUAUCACUGAAGGGAAUAUCUUAAGAGAACUAAAUACAAUUAAAUCAUUGCCUUUUCUAAUACCAAAUUUAAAAAAGCCUAGGACAUUUUUUACAUUUCUAUGCUUUUGUACAGGUGUUCAUUCCAGACAGGCAUUUAAACUGAGAGGGGACAUUUUUCAUACUUAGCACAGUCAAACAUAUACAAAACAUGUUUGAGUAAGGGCAUUUUUUUCAGGCAUCAUCUAAUUAAAGAUGCAUUUACUUAAAGUAAUAUAGUAUCCCCUAAAACUGCCUUGGUUAUCAUUUAACUUGAAUAAAUUUCUUCUGUGGUUUUUCUCUCUUGUUCUCUUCAUACAGUAGACCCUGGUUAUAGUCACGCCAAAAGUUACUCGACUUUUUUUGACAUUAAGCAGAGUGUGACUGUAUAUUUGGGUCUAAAUUCUGCAUAUUUCGGUCUAAAUUUUGGGUGACUGUAACCAGUAAUGUGACUUUAAGGAGAGUGUCUAUAAGCUGAGUCAACCUGUAAUUUUACAUUUUGAGUUUUAUUUGUCCUGUUCUUCUGUUUUCACAGUUUUCAUGUUGUCUUUGUUUGCUUUGCUUCUUUCCUGUAAAAAUAUAAUCCUGGGACUUAUGUUCACGCACAAAGACCGAGAUACAACUUUUUCUUUGGGGGGCCAGCCCUGAUAAAUAAAUGUAGACAGCCAUAUUUUACAAAAUAAUAUAUUUUACUCAUGCUGUUAUAGAUUUUUGGGGAGGCCAAGACGCCCCUGCCCCCAGUAUCCUGGUCCUUAAGCACGCAUAUUCAAGUGUCUUGAUAAAAUGAUUCCUCUCCCCAAGCCACCAUAGUAGUCAUAUACGUUAUUGGACAUUUUCUUUUAACUAAUGAAGCAGUGACUUGAAUUUUUUUAGUGCAAAUAUAGUUCUUCAAACCUGCAUAUAAGGCAAAAUUUUGGUAAGAACCUGCAGGGUAAAAAGAGCUAUUUUAGACCUUAUUUAUAAUCAUCUCAUUCGCCCUCAUUCCUAAGGAGGAUUCUUAUUCAAAGAAUUGAGAAUACUUCUUAGCUUCUACUUUCAGUAUAGAUAUCUAAGCUGUAGCACAAUUGACACAUGUUUUAAAGUGCAAUUUGAAAGCAUUGAUUUUGUAAGACCCUGAUCUCUAAGGUGGUAAAAGACACUGAUUGACAAAGAACCUGCCUAGGCUAAACGGCUAAACUGAAUGAUAUGGGUUCUUAUAUGCGGGUUUUUACUGUAGUUGUCAUGUUGUGACAAAAUAAGUUGAAGUCCUGCUAGAUACACCUGUUGCAAAAAGGCAACACUCUUUCAUCAAGAGUGAAAUGCACAUUCAUUUUGGACUUUAGAGCAACUUUCCAAGAUGUCCACCUAUUUGUCCACCUAUGCCAAAAUUAUUUUCAGUUGAAAAAGGGCAGAUAUCAGAGCUCGUGCCACGAAUUUCAAGGUGGAGGGGCCAAGUUCUAUUCAUUGAACUUGAAUUAAGUGCUGCAAAAUAGGGCUACAAAUCAGUGCAUCAAAUCAUAAAGGGCUACAAACAAGAUGACAUGGUUUUGAAUAUGUUUUUAAUGUUUUGACGAACAACUUAAGAAUAAACAUAUCAUGUGUCAAAUUGCCAAGUUAUAAAGAAUAUUAAGAAAGUUUACAGACAACAGGAUUUCGAAGAUAAUUAAUAGAGAGUGCGGGAAAAUAACAUUUCCCGCACUCUCUAUUAAUGAAUAUUAAGAAUUGGGCGUCUGUUUAUUGCUAUAAGUGUGAUAUUGACACCAUUAAAGUCAGCAGCUGCUUUCUGCGACUGGCUUAUUUGCUAUAAUCUAACACACUAAUAUUUUGAUGUGAACCUUCCCCAUGUCAUGUUUUUCCAUAAUAAAUAUUUAUGUUGAUGACAUGGUUGCCUUGCAACUUUAAAAAGACACGAUACAGUUGAAACCUACUGUUGUUGUUACGCAGGGACGGAUUUAAGCGGCAAGGAUUAAGGGUGCUGGAUAAUGAUUGGAUUUUAGUUACGGAAGGACACGCGAAUAUUAGGGGGCGUCGCACCCUUACACCCCCGUAAAUCCAUCCCUAUUGUUACGCUAUUUCUUCAUCUAGCCAAAGUUGCAAUGCAGUCAUGUUGUUUGCUGUCUUCGCCAGUUGUUAUGGACAGCCGAAGUUUUAAGCAUCUUCCUUUUAUACGUCACCACGCCCAAUGCUAAACAAUACAUCUAACUAAUUUGGCACAAAUCCCAAAUGUUUGACAGAAAUGUUUACAAGGUCAUUAAUUCGAAAUAUUAAAACAAUUUGCCACCCUGCAAAGUUUUCUUGCAAAAGCUUCAUUCACCCAUUCCCCUCCCGUUUCCCCCGAACAGUCAUGGGGCCAGGGGCGGAUCCAGAGCAAAUUUGAAGGAAGGGCAGUUGGUAAUGGGGGGCGCUGGAAAAUUUUCAAAAAUUGGUGACAAGAGUACGCUGUAUACAACAAUUUCAGAUCCAUUUUCAGAAUAAACAACAUAACUUUGAGGCAAUCCUUGAAGCAAAUUAACCUAUCGGUCCAAAAACCUUUUUCACCUGAUUCUCAUUCUUCAAAAGGGGCGCACAAUUUCCAAAAAAGGGGCGCCAGACUUGCUUCAACUCGUUGAGAGAGGAGCCACUGCCCCUAGUUGCCCCUCCCCCCUUAAAUCCGCCACUGCAUGGGGCUCAGUUUCGUCUUUACUGUUUGGUGGCUGAACAGUUAGCAAAGCGAUAAUAAACUGCAAUCAGUUGUAAGUUGUGUAAGAUAAUCACUGAGAAAGUGUUAAUUGCCACGGAACCUUUUCUAAAAAGCAUCUUAUACGAAUGAAACGUCUAAAGGUUGUACUCAUUCAUACAUUUCAUAGUAACAUCUUAUAAAAUCGACCUUGUCAUGUCAGCAGUAGUUCAAGCCGCGUUUAAACGAGCAAUUUUUCCUUGGCAAUUUUCCUUGACAAGUUUAUUUACCUGUGUAGAUUAUAAACAAGUUUUGUUUGACAAUUUCUACUCAUUUCGUGGAAAAAGAUAAAAAAUAUCUUUGACAAUAUCUAUUUGCGUUAUGGCAAGCGGAGUUUAAAGGUUAGCUUCGGUUUUCUUAACUUUACUCGAAUGAAAUAAUUGAAUAGUAAGGGGGGGCGUACACUGACACCCACCAGCCCCCUGGUAACGCUACUGACUGCAUGUAAUUCGAUUUGUAUAAUUUUUUUCUAGAUCUGUAACUAGUAACAGCAGUUAUGCAGUCAGUAAUUAGCUACACUCUAAUGUAUGGGUCGAGCAUAUAACAAUCCAUUUCCUUGACUUCACCAAAAUUUGAAACCGUGAAAGGUCUAAAUUAUGGUGAAAGCCAAAGCAAUAAUGGAAAUGGGUUGAUAUUCAUGCUGAAUACCUAGUGUUGUUCUUUUAAGACCAUUGCAUUAAAAUACUCUUUUUAUGGAAAGAGUAUUAGAAUAGAAAAUCAUUUAAAUUUGCAAAAUAAGCAAGUCGCAGUUUAGCCUUUAAUUCACGCAGAGCUGUCUGUUUCUGGUUGUCGCACCCUCGAAAUACUCCAAAAGGACUUGUAAAGAAAGGUGUCUCUUUUUAUUGUAUAUCAUUCGAAGCUCUGGUACCCAGGGUAGGCUGGGUACUCUUUGAUCGUAUUGACCCCCCCUUGUUUGCUUGUGUUCCCCUCUCCCUAACUGUUUGUUUGGAAGCUGUUUGUUUAACGGUGAUGCUCUCUAUCAAAGUGUCGUGUUGUAUGUAUGUUAUCUCAAUGAACAGAAAGCAUCGAUCUAGCUUCGUUGAGGCAUGCUCACGCAAGUGUUGGCAAUAAAGUAUUCUACCCGAAACGUGGUUAAGGACUGAGGGGAGAUUAUUCUGUAAGACAUGCAGAGUGUCACUAAUAUUCAAUCAAACAAUGCUUUAUAUGCUACUAUUUGUUUUCUUGUAAGCGCAGCUGAGCAAGCUAGUACACAAGAGCGGUGAAUUUUGCCUUUGCUAUGGAAAGCUGUCUAUAGGAUUACCUGUACACAAACCCCUCUCUAUCAUUGCACGUUAAAAGCAUCUGAAGACCAUACCUGCGUAUAAUGUUUUGGUAGAAGGAAUUUUAUCUGGCUGUAAAUUACUGUUUUAAUGUUUCUAAAAGCUUUGUAAAGGACAUAAAUAUAUGAUUGAGAAUUUUGUAAAUUCAUUUCUGUAUGCUCGCUGUUUUAAUCACUAGUCAAUGAAGUGAUGUAAAAUUUGAGGUGCAAAGUUUGCCUCGUGUUAAAAUGAAAUGUAAUCUAA